GAUUGGUCAGUUCCUCCGUGUUGUUGUGCUAAUGUCUGCUGGAGUCGCCUGACCAUCCGCCUCGAAGAGGAAACAGAAUCGUGACGACGUAGCGUAAGGGGUUAAUUUCCCCCAACAGUGGUGCCGCUGUGUGGCUUUGGCCUUCUCCCCCUGGCUUAGUGAGACCUUCUUUGCAACGACGACAACAAACGCACAUUCACAGCCGAAUACACUUUGCGUUGCUUGUUGCAAGAUGGCGUCGAGCUGACGCCGUGAAACAGGUAGGACUGCAGGCCGCGAACAGCGUCUUUGAGAGCCAGUAACUCAGAGGAGAGGAGGUGCAUGGUAGAUGUGACCUUGGAUGCAGACGGCUUGCUGCUGGGUUUUGAUAACUCUUAGUUCAAGAGGAAUGUGGCUUCCUUGUUGUUUGUUUGUUUAUUUGUGCUGAAAUGUGUCUACAUUUGUACAACAUGUGAAUGUAUGCAUCAGGAGGUCAAACGACUCAACACGAAUCUUGUGCUGUUAUUCACCAACUUCACUGUCGAAUAACUUGUUUUGAUGUUUGUGCUUUUGUUUAUUAAUCCUGAACAGUUUGACACAGGUGGGAAGGUGGAGAGUGGCUGUAGGCUCAUGGCUGCCGUGCAUCACCCAGGGUGCCCACUCAGGGACUCCCUGUACUGGGAUGAAACCGAGUGUCUAAACUACUAUGGGAUGUUGUCUCUCCACGAGGUCUUUGAAGUCGUUGGUUGUCAGCUGACAGAGACUGAUAUUGAAGUGUUGUCAUUCCUUCUGGAUGAAACGUGUCCUGCAACACACCCUCUUGACCCAACAGAUUGGACAGUUAAGCCCUGUGUAGGCGAUCCAGAUUACUUUGGUGUCUCCCCGAGUCCCGAGCUGCUAAAGGCCUGGAAGCGGUUAAAGCCUCGGGGCUCCCAGCAUCCCUUAGCGGCCUCGUAUAAGCCCAAGAGUGGCCUUGAGCUGUUGUUGGAGCUGGAUAGGCGAGGAUACCUCAGUGAUGGCAACCUGGAGCCACUACUGCAACUACUGAGAGUUCUCACUCGUCAUGACUUGCUGCCUUUAGUGUCCCACAAGAGAAGGAGGACAGUAUCUCCAGAGAGAAUUGGACCGAGAUAUGGAGCGGAGAAAAACCAGUUGCCCUCUGGUAUACAGCACAGCCACAGACAGACAGAAAUACCUCUUCCAUAUUUCACGCAGCAUUUGAGAACUGGUAUUUACCCUCCGCCGCCUGGGCCAUCUGCUCAGAGGAAGAGGAAGAAGAGGGGAAAUGGCUGGAGCCGCAAGCCCAAGAAAAUAUGCCGACCGGGCCCUCCACCUCCUCCACCACGACCACACAAAGCCUUCUGCAAAAUCCGCCUGCGUGUCCGGGCCGAAUACCUGGAGCAUGAUUCGGCCCUCCGCCAGGGCGUCUCGUCGGACAAGCGGCAGCCCCUGGAGCGUCAGUUUGAGUUGUUCAGCAAAGCCAGCUCGCUGCUUCGUGCCAGAGACCUGGGAUCCAUCGUCUGCGACAUCAACUUCACCGAGCUGGACAACCUCGAGGCCUUCUGGGCUGACUACCUGAGCGGCGCUCUGCUGGAGGCCCUGAAGGGAGUCUUCAUCACCGACUCCCUGAGGAUGGCAGCCGGCGCGGAGGGCGUCCGCCUGCUGAUCAGCGUGGACCAGGACGACUACGAGGAGGGCCGGUGGCUGCUGAGGGCCCGGAGGAUGUUGACAUCUAGUCACGGCGGGCGCACCGAGGCGGACCGCGCUGUGUAGGCAGAUGAGAUGCUUUGCGUUGUGUUAACUUUGCAGAAUAGAAUAGUUUUGGGAAUCAUCCUGACGGUUGUGGUGACAGGCACAUGUGUAAGGCCUCCUUUUAGAGUUGCGAUCAACGUAAUAACCACUAGAUGGCAGCUGCCACCAUUGGCUGUGUUCACGGCCAGCCUUACAUUGUCAGAAUUGUCCGUUUUUUGUUGAUACCUUAUUUUGCGAAAGGGAACUGAAUAAUAACAGAUCAUUGUGCUUUCCCUUAAGGUCCAUGCACAGGUGCUACUGUGUAGGACACCAGGAUGAUAUUUUUCUUAGGCUCAGUGAGAACUGGAGCAAGAAAGCCUGUGCCAAAAGAAGCGGGAAGCCCCUUAUAACAUUAUCAAUCUUGAAUGAAUAAGGUUAAGACAACUGGUGUGCCACAAAUGAUAGAAAAUAAUGCAAUAACUACAUCGUGUGGACACCUUCAUCUGUUUACAGUCAUGUUUGAGGCUAUAAAACACAGACGUACAUGUGCACAGAUGAAGUGGGCUGCAAGCAGAACCUGAAGCAUCUGUUGGCUUGUUUUGCCCACAUGAUGCAUAGAUACUAAGACGGCUCUUAAAAACCCCAAGUGCAAGCGGACCCCCAGACCCAAUUAAACAUGCAUCGCCGAUAGUUUGGUUUUCAUUCGGAUGUUGAACUUGAAAAAUACAAUAUUAUUUCUGAAAAUUGUUUUAAAGGACACAUGCCAAGAAUAGUCUCUGAUCGGUCAACAUGCGAGAACUGAGCGCAGAUGGAAAAGUCUCCUCUCGGUACACAUUGACCUUUUGUGUCCAACUUUGGAGAGCCGAGCCCUCGCGUGUUCACCUAGAUAACAAACACUGUGUGCCACGAUAACCCGACUUGUGAUUGCCGUGGUCAGUGGAUACGGCUGUUGCCAGUAGAUGACAGGCGUGAUUAGGGCUAGGCCUCGGCAGACCGUGGAAGAUUCAUCAUCCCGAGCUUGUCAACGGCCACACGGUUAAUACGACGGUGGCUGGUGUCCGGGCUUCCAGCUAGUCCUCGGCGAGUGCUUCUCUCGGCAAGUAAAGCACAGGACAGUGCGUCGGUCAAUAGAAGUGAUGUUGGGGAGAUCAAAAUCCAAAGUGCACAUCCCAGCUCCACUCAGCCCUGCGUUGUAGGCCCAGUAGAGUGGCUCACGGACAGCUGUCUACUCACCCUGCUGGAACUAAUGCCUGGACUUCACUCAUAGAAGACGAUCAAUAGGGCCCCUCCUGUAAGCCCCCCCCCCCCCUACAGACACGACUUAAGCAGGCAGACUGGCUACUGUCUGAAGUGUAGGGCUCUAAAGGGACAGGCAGUGGCAUUAUUAUUAUUAUUACUAUGGCUGUAUUGUUUGUAGGAGAAAAAAAUAACAUUCAGGGGAACAUUUUUGUUUAAAAAAAAAAUCUUUUGUUUUGCCAAUUCUUUUUGUGAAAAUCUUUAUCCAAUAUUGAAUAAUAAAGGUUUGUUUGGCCUCAA